AUGACGGGCCACAACAGCUUUGCCGGCAAUCCCAUGCCCACGGGCUGGGCCGAACUCGACCUGAUGCCCGACACACCUACCCAACGGGCCCAACACCGUCGGGCCCACUCCGACACCCUCUUCCGCUUUACAGACCUCGACGUAAUCCUCAUCGAUGACGAGCUGCAGCCGGCUCCCCCAUCACUCGUCCCUAACGGGCCGCCUCCGCUGGCCCAGCCCGGUAAGAGUAACGGGUCCAUGCUCAGAUCCCAUAUCCGGAGCCUGUCUAUGGACGCUGACUUUUUUGAGGGCCUUGGACUGGACGGUCAGCCGUCUCCAGCGCCGGUCGCCACCGGAGAUGUAGUUCGGAGGCCCGUGCUCAGGCAUAGCAAUUCAAUGGAUGGGUAUUGUAGUGCAACGUCAGCCGAGGUGGAGCUUAGCGUAAAGAAGGCCAUGGCUGCUGAUAAGCUUGCAGAUCUUGCUUUGAUCGAUCCUAAGAGAGCCAAAAGGAUUGUUGCAAAUAGACAAUCUGCUGCACGCUCGAAAGAGCGGAAGAAUCGGUACACGAGCGAGCUCGAGAGGAAAGUGCAGACUCUGCAAACUGAAGCAACCAACCUGUCGGCUCAGAUCACCGUGUUGCAGAGAGAUACGAGUGGCUUAACAGCUGAGAACAAAGAACUCAAGCUAAAAUUAGAGUCUAUGGAGCAGCAGGCACACCUCAGGGAGGCUCUUAACGAAGCACUAAGGAGCGAACUCCAGCAUCUGAGGAUUGCAGUCGGCCCGCUUCCCGCUGCCAAUGGGCCGUCUUCUCAACGCCCAUCUCUGCAUAACUUCACACUUCAAACCCAGAACAACUCCUGGCCCGAUGGACUGAGUUUCGAGGAUUUUAAUUUUCAGUCCUAG